AUGUUAAUUGUCUUAUUUUUAUUUUUUUGCUUAGAAUUUGAACUAAAAUCAAUAACGAUGUUGUUGGCAAGAGUUUGCCGAGCUACAGUAUCACCCCAAGUGAUAUCUCUACUGAAAACACCCGUGGUUCCUAAAGCUCCUCGUAUUCAAGGAUCUAGAUUAUUUGCAAGCGAUGGAAAAGCUUUUUAUACAAGAUCAGCUCGUAAAAGAGCAACGAUUAUCGAGGAUGCAGUUGCACCAGCUGGUGAAACCGCGACUAAUAUUGGCAAAGGAUUCGUUGCUGGCUCUGCUGUCAUCGGAAUUGGAGCUUUGUGUUACUAUGGAGCAGGUCUCGCUGAUAGAACUGGUGCCAUUGACCACGCUAGAUUUUGGCCAGAAUAUGUGAAAGAUCGUAUACGUUCAACAUACAUGUACUUCGGAGGCUCAAUUGCUAUUAGCGCAGCAUCCGCAGCUUUAUGUUUGAGAUCGCCAGUUAUUAUGGGGAUAAUGUCUCGAGGAGGAUUUCUUGCUUUCGCAGGAACUUUAGCAGCAAUGAUUGGAGCAGGACUUUUAGUUAGAAGUAUACCUUACCAAGAAGGUUUUGGUGCUAAACAAGCUGCAUGGAUGCUUCACUCUGGGGUAAUCGGUGCCGUUCUUGCACCUCUUUCACUUGUCGGUGGACCUGUUCUUAUAAGAGCAGCUUGCUAUACAGCAGGAAUUGUUGCUGGUCUAUCAGCAGUUGCAGCAUGUGCACCAAGUGAUGAAUUUCUUAAAAUUGGUGGCCCACUUGGUAUUGGUUUAGGGGUUGUAUUUGCAAGUUCAAUUGGAAGUAUGUUUUUACCACCUACCACAGUUAUUGGUUCUGGAUUACAUGGUAUAGUUAUAUAUGGUGGACUUGUACUCUUCUCCGGAUUUUUACUUUAUGAUACACAAAAAAUCAUCAAGCGGGCUGAAACUCACCCAGUAACUUAUCAAAAUUAUGGCUACCAAACAAACGCUGUGCUGCCAUUCGAUCCCGUGAAUAAUGCUAUCUCUAUUUAUCUCGAUACUGUCAAUAUAUUUAUAAGGAUGGUAUACAUAUUUUCUGGCAAUGGUGGAAAACGCAAGUAG